GACAUUGAACACAACAUGCUGCUGAGGAGCUGCUGCGCCGUCUGGUUACUGUCAGCCAUCGCUGCUGCUGCAGUGUUUGUAGAGAAGCAUGAGGCCAACGGCGUGCUGCAAAGAUGGCGGCGAGCAAACAGCGGCUUCCUAGAGGAGCUAAAACAAGGAAACCUGGAAAGGGAAUGCAUCGAGGAGAUCUGCGACUACGAGGAGGCUCGAGAGGUUUUCGAGGACGAAGACACGACGAAGCAGUUCUGGCUGACGUACGAACGUCGUGACCCCUGCUUGGAUAACCCGUGUCAAAACAACGCCACAUGUAUCUACAUGAGGACGUCCUACCAGUGUUUAUGUCCUGAGGGCUUUGCGGGACAAUAUUGUGAGACAGUGGUAGAAGACUUACUGAAGUGUCUAUACCAGAACGGACACUGUGAGCAUUUCUGCGACGGCUCGGGUGAGCGCAGUAAAUGUUCCUGCGCUGACGGAUACAAGCUGGGAGCGAACGGACGCCAGUGUAUCGCUCAGGUGGAGUAUCCGUGUGGUCGGCUGGCUCCACAGAAAACGGACCUGAACCAGAGCGUCGUGGGUCAGACCCGGCUGGUGGGAGGUAACCACUGCCCCAAAGGAGCGUGUCCUUGGCAGGUUCUGGUUCAGUUACAUGGAGACAGCCACUGUGGAGGUGUUCUAAUCAAUCCGGACUGGGUCGUCACUGCUGCCCACUGUAUCCACGGCAACAACCCCCAAAACCUCACUGUGGUUGCAGGGGAACACAACUUGGACGUGGAAGAGGGCACAGAACAGAGGAUACCUGUUGCCAUGGCGAUCGCCCAUGAAGGCUACGUCCCGGAGACUGGUGACAGCGACGUCGCCUUGCUGAAGCUGAUUCGGUCCGUCGCCUUGGACCGCCACGCCAUCCCCGUCUGCCUGCCGACCGCAGACUUCGCCCGGCAGGAGCUCCUGCUGUCCCGCUACCACACCGUGUCCGGCUGGGGCAAGAAGACCACUGGGGGCAACAAGGAGCCCGGUGCCACGCACGCCGCCCCGUUGUCCCCCAUCCUCCGCAAACUUUCCGUCCCAAUCAUCCAGAACUCCCAGUGCUCCCACAGGGCCCAGUUCAACUUCACCCACAACAUGCUGUGUGCGGGAUACCUGGAGGGCGGCCAGCAGAGUUGCCGCGGUGACGACGGGAGCCCGCUGGUCACACUCUACGGCUCCACCCACUUCCUUACGGGCGUGGUCGGCUGGGGGCGGGGCUGUUCACACCCAGGGUAUUACGGGGUGUACGCCAACAUGGCCAACUUUGUGGAGUGGGUACGGGGCAUCAUGACGACAGCAGCCAAUGAGAAUCCACCGGAGAGCGCUGCAGCGCCGACCUCGGACUUACUGAAGCAGAAACUUGUUUGUUUCUACAGCCGAGCUCACCAUCCAUCCGGGGCCAUGUUUUGGUUUCACCGACUGUCCCUCGGCCUCCUGCUGCUCCACCUGGCCGCCGCUCACGCAGUCUUCUUGGACGGCAAGGUGGCCAGUCAGGUGCUGAUGCGGCGGAGACGAGCCAACAGCUUUUUCGAGGAGGUUAAACAAGGCAACAUGGAGAGGGAGUGUUUGGAGGAGCGUUGCAACUGGGAGGAGGCGCGAGAGAUCUUCGAAAACGCUGAGAAAACUAAUGAAUUCUGGGCCAAAUAUGUCGAUGGCGAUGCCUGUGAGUCGAUGCCCUGUGCAAACCAAGGACUUUGCAAAGACGGGAUAGGAAGCUACGACUGCUACUGCCAGGCCGGGUAUCAGGGCUUCAACUGUGAAAUCGUUAUUCCAGAGCUCUGUGAGAACAAAAAUGGCGGUUGCGAACACUUCUGCAAUGUGGUCCGAGGAAGCGUUCAGUGCUCCUGCACGGACGGAUAUUUCCUGGCAUCAGAUGACAAAUCCUGCAACUCUAACGAGACCUUCAAAUGUGGCGCCAUCAUUACCGAAAACAUCCGGACUGUGUUCAGGUAUGAGCGGCAGAACACAACGGAGGGGAACGCCACCAUGUCGGCCCCCACAGGCACCAACAUUAACUCCACCGAGCAGAAGGAUGUGCCAGACAAUGUAGAUGUCUCAGAGACUUCACGUUUUGAGAACAGCAACAACAGCUUUAUGUCUGGAAACGAGGUUUUCGAGAAAAUGAUCACCAAACAAAUGGCAGCUAUGACCCGCAUUGUCGGCGGAGAGGACUGUCCUCCAGGAGAAUGCCCAUGGCAGGCUCUCCUGCUGAACGAGGAGGACCGAGGGUUCUGCGGAGGAACCAUCCUCAACGAAUACAUCAUUCUGACCGCUGCCCACUGCAUGAACCAAUCACGAUACAUCUACAUCAAGCUCGGUGAGUUUGACGUGUUGGUGGAUCAGGGCAAUGAAGUCACCCACCAUGUGGAAACUAUCAUCACCCACAAUAAAUACAAGCCGGACACCUACCACAAUGACAUCGCACUCAUCAAACUAGCCACGCCCAUCAAGUUCACCAGGUUCAUCCUGCCGGCCUGCAUACCUGAGCAAGAUUUUGCUGAAAAGGUCCUGAUGCGACAGCCGGACGGCAUGGUCAGCGGUUUCGGUCGUCUCGGCGAGGGUCGGCAGCCGUCCACGAUCUUGCAGCGCCUCACUGUCCCCUAUGUGGAUCGAUUAACCUGCUUAGAAUCCACCCAACUACGAAUCUCCGCCCGCAUGUUCUGCGCCGGCUACGACCAAACAGCCAAGGACGCCUGCCAAGGUGACAGCGGCGGGCCGCAUGUCACGCGGUACCGCAACACCUAUUUUGUCACUGGCAUUGUGAGCUGGGGCGAAGGCUGUGCACGCAAAGGCAAAUACGGCGUCUACACCCAGGUGUCCAAGUACAUCCGCUGGAUCCGUGAAGGCAUUGAAAGGCUGAUGCCCAAAGAGAAGAGCGGCAACAGAGUGAAGAGGCACCACGGCGCCAUCAAGAGGCUGGUUCUGUAACGCUGCAGAUUUCACUCUGAUUUCCACUGAGCAGAGCUCGGCCACACUCUGUGCCUCUCAUGUAAUCCUCUAUUUUAUGUUUGAGACUUCUAAAUAGGCACAUUUCAGCCACAGAAACUUAUAAUUUGAGAAAAUGUAUUUUAAAGGCAGUACAGAAAUUCAGCAUUGAUUCAUAUUUUGGCCACUUGGUGGCAGCAGAACAAUCUGUAAAAGCAACAUUCAAUAUUCAUAUUAUCAGUUAUUAUUAAGUAGUUGAGGCUAACAUGUUAGCAAACAGCUGCCUUUCACAUCAGAGCAACACUGACAUUGUUCAUAAUUACUUGUGGGGUUUCUCAGGGUUCUAUUCUUGGGCCUUUAUAUUUUUACUUGUUAAAAGCUGCAUAAAAUUGAUUUUUUUGUCCACUUGGGGGUGACAGAACAAACUGUGAACCCCACAUCUGACAUAUUAUAAGCUUAUAAAGUAUUGUUAUAAACAUGUUAGCCAACAGUAGCCUGCAUGUAAAAAGAAAAUGUACAAGAAUAAUAACAUUAACAAUAACAACAUUAGCAAUCCGAUCUGAUCUUGACUGAACACUUUGUUUAGUAUUAAUAAAAAGUGUAAACCAAACAUUGUACGUUUUCAUGUAUUUUUUAAUCUGCCACUGCUUUUUGAGCCGAAUUUAACACAAAUAAAAAAAUACUACAACA